UUUUAGUGCAUCCGAAGAAGCGAGUGGGUUUAGUCUUAAUUCCUCUCCAUCGCUCUAAUCUCUGCAAUAGACGCGAUACACUGACUAGCGCAUCAACUCUGUCCCAGCCAUGUGCUUGCGAGAGGGAUUUUCAGAUUUAGUAUUAUGAAAGGUGGACCCAGAUGUGCAGAAGAGAGGGUUUAAGAGAGAGCGGCGCAAGAUGAAGGCACCAAUGAGGCAUGGGGUGGCAGUGUUUUUAGUCAUUACCAUGUGUACCAGCUUGUUGUUUGUGUACAACAACAGUUUCCAUCCACAGAGAAAGGAACCAGAGCCCAGGAAUAUUACCGCUAAGCCACAAAAGAUCGUCGUAACACCAGCUUUACAGGGAUACAUCAGCAUCAUAGAUCACAAGCCUCUGAAAAUGCAUUGUAGCAGCUGUGCACUGGUAACAAGCUCUGGACAUCUUAUUGGGAGCAACCGUGGAGCCGAGAUAGACCAGACCGAAUGUGUCCUCCGAAUGAAUGACGCGCCGACAAGCAACUACAGGAAAGACGUGGGUCAGAAGACCAGCCUGCGAGUCAUUGCACAUUCCAGCAUGCAGCGGAUAGCACAGAACCACAACGAGCUUUUAAACAUGAGUCAGGACUCGCUGUUCAUUUUCUGGGGACCCAGUAAUUAUAUGAGGCGGGACGGGAAGGGUCUGGUCUACAACAACCUGCAGGUGAUAAAGCAGGUACUGCCCAAGCUGAAGGUGGCCAUCAUAUCACGACAGAAGAUGCAGCAGUUGGACGAACUCUUCAAAAAAGAAACUGGCAAGGACAGGAAGAUUUCAAACUCUUGGCUCAGCACAGGCUGGUUCACCAUGACAAUAGCCCUGGAGCUGUGCGACCGAAUAAAUGUCUAUGGUAUGGUUUCACCUGACUUCUGCAGGCAGCCUCAUCCUCUUUCAGUACCUUAUCAUUACUAUGAACCUUCAGGGCCCGAUGAAUGCACGAUGUACCUCUCACACGAACGGGGGCGCAAGGGCAGCCAUCACCGUUUCAUCACAGAGAAGCGAGUUUUUGCCAACUGGGCACGGACUUUCAAUAUUCACUUUUACCAGCCAAACUGGAGCCCAAAAUCUGACAACCAGACCUUAAUUCGGACAGCAAGAGUGCCAGCUUCAUGAAGGACACGUGGCUGCUUUACUGCUUUGUAUCCUUCUAACAGAAAUGCCACUGGGUUGUGUGAAUUGGAACUCUCACACAAUGCCUCAUCUGUUUUUUACUAAUCUCCAUUCUCCAAUCGGAUGAUUUUUGAAAAAAAUCGCCAUUUUUAUGGACUUUCAUGGAACUGAAAUAUACAGAUGAACUCAAUUCCACAUCCAUUUGCCCUUUGGAACCAGUUUGUUUUUGUAUAAUUUCAAAUAUUUCACUUGGAAUCUUUUAGACCAUGUAACAUUGUUGUUUUUUCACCAAAGCAAAAUCGAUGUAAUUAGUUUGCAGGUGAUUAAUGGUGCUCAAUUUAUUACCCUUUUAAGCUGUCUGCACCAAUAUAGCUAUCUGAUGUAUUACAGCUGUGAGGAAACUUGUGUUGCUUAUUGUGUAACUGCCUUUGCUAAGUGGUAUUAUUUCCCCAGAGCUAAAAUUAUUUUAAAAAAAUAAAUAAAUGUAAGGUCUAUCAUCCUCUUUUCUGCUGCAAUUGGGGUCUCGAUUAUCUGCCUGCAACUGCCAAAAAUAGUUUCCACCACACAAUAAAAUAGCUAAAUUAUCUGUGCUAAUAAUUAUCCAAAUUAAGUAAAUAAUAAAAAAAAAAAUUACUGAAACAUCAAUAAUACAUUAAAGGGAAAGUGAGAUUCAAAUUUUGUACACAAAGGCACAUAAUGCAUGAAUAUGAACCAUGGAGCCAUUCUCUGAAUAAGGGUUAACAUUUUUCUUUUGGUUUGUUGCUCGUAAGGGACAGAAGAAAGGCACCAAGGUGAGCCUCACAGCAGCCCAGUUUAGCAUUCUGAUCAUUUACCAAUACACUGCUUGCAGAGGUGGCAAUGUAAUUUAACAAGUUAUCUUUCUCAUGGUCACGAGGAUUCAAACUGAAUAGAAAUCUCGCCCCUGGGUUGUUGAAUGGUGUAGUUAGGAUGCAUACACUUUGUAUGGGGAGCGGUUAUGUCAUACUAAUAAGAGGUGAGAGGCACCAGGCAUGGCUAGAGAGCAAAUAUGUAUGUAAUAUGUUUACCUUUUUUUUUUUUUUUUUUUUAAAUGCUCCAGUGGAUUAUUUUUUUAUUUUAUUUUUUUAAAUCAGGUGGACAGCAAAGCUAUAUUAGAAGGUGAUAUGGUGCCCAAAAACAUCAUUACCUCAGUUAGGCAACUUAAGCAAGCAAAUUCAUGGAUCUCAUGAAUACAGAACAUGGAAGCAAACAAUAAGUUCAACCAGAGAAGAGAAAUCACAAGUGGUGCAUAUGGCCAUAGCAUGUGCUAUCAUUUCACAAGUCACCAUGAUGACCAUGGAACUGUUCAAAGCACACGCAGCAUAGCCAAUUCUAGAAAAAGGGUAUACCCCAGAGAUUCAUUACAUGCAACAACACAGGGAACAAGAAUGGGAUGUUGAAUUAAUGCUGGAACAUUCCUUCAAUUGUAGUAUACGUUUUGCAAGAUUGCUGCCAGUUAGUUGUAUGUUCAUUUGAUCAACACAUUUGCUGUUGUGCCAUGCUA